UUGGGAAUUCGCAGCCCAUAUGCGGUGAACCCGCCAAACCGGAAGCUCAAUCAAACCCAAAGAUUCAAAUUCCUUCUUCAUUUUUAAUCUUCGAAUCAAUCAAAUCAAUAUUCAAUAUCAACCUUUUGGUGCUUGGGCGGCACUGGAUACAUACAGUACUUCAAAAAGCAGAGGUUUUGCAAAUGGAAGAUUCCAUGGAAGAACUCGAACCUUUGUUCGAUUACAGGCGCGUCCAGCCCCUCAAUUUCGUUUGCCUUGACGACGAUGACGGGUCGGAUACGUCGCCGCUUCCUGCUAUAAAACGAAGGAAAACUUUCCAGAACCCAAAAGCUAUUGUUAAAGAAGUUGACGACGAGGACGUGGAAGUAGUAGGAGUGAAAUGUAAAGAUAAGGACGAGGAGGAUUGGCUACCUCCUCCACCCAAAGUUUCCUGUGAUUUUGGAAACAGGCUUGGUGAGGAUUCCACUAUCAAGGAGUUGAGGUUAAAGAAGCAGGAGCUGGAGUCACUCGCAAACUCAGGUGUGGAUGUGUUGCAAGCAGUGGAAGAGUCUGUAAAAAAAGAACUUAGUGGUUCACUGAAGGCUGCUUUACAUGCUGUUUCUGAGCAACCAUUAAAGCCUCCUUGUGAAAGAGCUAAAAUAGUAAUUUCUGUUCAAGACAAGGAUGAACUUAAACAAUUUCGCAUAUACAAGGAUGACAACUUUGAGCGGCUCUUCAAACUGUAUGCAGAUAAGGUGAAACUUAAUAUUCAAAACUUAGUAUUUUCCUUUGAUGGAGACAAAAUCAGUCCAACAGCAUCUCCCGACAGCCUUGGCAUGGAAGAUGAAGACAUUAUUGAAGUGCAUGUAAAGAAAUCUGAGUGAGGUGUUUUAGCUUCUAACUGUUAAAGCUGUUCAAUUUCUUACUGCUUUCAGAUUUUUUUGGUUUGAGAGAUGUGCUAAAAGCAAACUUUGUGCUGCUUGUGGGAGCUGAACUUGUAUUGACACUUAAAUCUGUCCAGAGUUUUUGUCUAUAGUAUUUAGCUGGUAACCCUUUUUUUCAAAAAAAAAAAAAAAAAGGAAAAAAGAAAAAUCGUGGCCUUAAUUGUACAGUAAAUUGCAAAUUUUGAAGAUGUUUAAAGAAUGCUGAUCUUGUAACAAAGCUCAGGUAAGGGCUAUUUGGCCAUUAGGAAUAGAUCAGAACACUGCACAACUUUGGUUUGGCUUUCAUCAACUUUGGUAUAGGAGAGAGUUGCCUAAUUUGCUUUCUUAGCAAUUUGGACUUCUGCAUUAGUUUGUAUAAUUUUUCAUACUUAAAAGGUCUCCAUUUGUUAACCA